AUCUCCAUCAUCUGACUCAUUCUUGUAUUUCCAUUUCUACUUUUAUCCUCAUCCUUUUUUAUCCUUAUCCUUUUUUUUCUUGUUGUUGCCUCAUCAUUUUCAUCAUCGUCCUUCAUCCUCAUCACUUACCAUUAUCACCAAAAAAUUUAUUGUCAUCACUUUAAUAAUCAUGUAACAAUCAAAUUGAUUUUAAAUCAAACCAAUUAACAGUUAGAUCAAAGUUAAUUGUGGACAAAUGCAACAAUUAGUUUUUUGUACAUCAUUUUUCAAUAUCAAUCAUUUUGAAUGAUUAACAAGAUUAACAAUCAAUAAAUUAGAUUGUGUUGAUUGUUGGUUACUCUCCAUGUGAUUGUCUUUUCAUUGCAACAACAAUUAAGUGAUUGUUAAUGUCCUAUUUAAAUUAUUAAACGAUUAACAGUUUUAAAAUACAAUUAAGGUGAAAUGAUUUGUAAUUCAAUCGGUGUAAUUUAAUGAAUUACUUUCAAGUUUAAUUAUCAUCAAAAAUCAUCAACAGUUUCUUAAUUGUUAUUCACAUAUGAUGUCAGGUGAUUUAGCCUUUCUUGAUGAUAAUCUUCUUAAUCAACUACUGGCUAAUUGUGAUCAAGAAAAUGUAAAUUCAGUUAAUGAUGAACAACAACAACAACAAACUUAUAAUGACGAUGAUGCUGGUGAAACAAAUGAUGAUGAUGAUCAACAAACUUCAAGUGGUUACAAUCAUCAUCAUAACCACAAUAUAAUCAUAAUUAACGCAUCAACAGAUAAAGAUAAUUGUCCAAUCGAUUCUUAUAAUGUAACAAUUAGUUCAUCGCCAACAAAAUCAGCAACAAUCCAUUCACAUUCACCUCUUCAUGGUAAUUUUAUCAUUCCUCAGGAUUCCCAGGAUGAUCUGAUUGACCAUGAAUAUGAAACAGAUUAUUCAGUUUACGAAAAUAAAUCAGGACUUGCUGAAGAUAUGAAGUUUUUAGCCUCAAUGCCUGAACUUUGUGAUGUGACCUUUUUGGUCGGUGAGACUCGAGAACCCGUUUGUGCAGUUCGUUCAGUACUUGCAGCUCGAAGCAGAACUUUUCACAAACUUCUUUAUGCCCACAAGCAGAAUCAAUUAAGUGUCCUAUCAUCAAUGACCAAUAGUGUCCAAUCAAACAAUAGCUUGACCAAUACAAACUCUGCCAACAAAGAUAAUGUUAAUAGUAUAAACAAUUCAAAUAACCUGAUGAACAAUACCAACAUCAACAAUAGUAAUAGUAGCUUUGCCUCUGGCAAUUUAUCCUCUUCCGUUAUUUCAUCUCGUGAAGGUGACAGUGGGGAUACUCAUUAUAGUAAUGAUUCACAGAGGGAGAAACAAUUAAAAUACUCUAAGAGUAAAAAAUUUCGUGAGACCAGUAAAGAGACAAAAUUAAAGUUGUUCCUGAAACGAAGCUCCGAACCGGCCUUAAAUGGACUUCCAGCUAAUCAUUAUCACAAUCACCAUAAUCAUCAUCAGUUAACUGUUCAAAGCCAUCAAACUAUGAUAAUCGAGGAGUUCGAACCUGAUGUAUUUCGUCAGCUGAUUGAAUAUAUUCACACUGGAUGUGUUACACUUCAAGCACGAACACUUUUAGGUUUACUAAAUGCCGCUGAUUAUUAUGGUUUAGAUGAACUAAGAAGAGCCUGUUUAGGUUUUGUAUCUUGUUGUAUAACCGUUGAUACAGUUUGCGCCUUAUUGGCUUCGGCCGAGCGAUAUAUUCAAUACAAAUGUACAAAGUCACUCGUCCAACGGGUUCUUGAGUAUGUUGAUCAACAUGGAAACGAUGUCCUUAGUUUAGGUUCGUUUACCCUUUUACCUGAACACGUUGUCCGUCUGAUCCUUUCUCGGGAAGAGCUGAAAGCCGAUGAGUUGACCAAAUUUCAUGCUGCCCUUUCAUGGUCCCAGCGUUACUGUGAUGCCUCACCUGGUGGGUCAACCGAUCUUCGUGAGGUCAUGUCGGGAUUUUUUGAGUGUAUUGAAUUUUACAAGAUACCGGCAACUGUAUUGAUGAGGGAAGUUCAUCCACUGGGAGUAGUUCCUGAUCAUGUUAUCAUGAAUGCACUUGCUUUCCAGGCUGAUCCUCGAAGUGUUGAUCUGCAUAAAAUUGAAUCACCCAAUCGGUUCAGGAGGAUGACACUUCCUCAUGCUCUGAAUAUCGCCGGAAGUGAUUUACUUAAUUUACAACAACAAUCAGCAGCUCGAUCGGAAAGAUCAGCAUCAACAUCAACCUCUGGUUAUAUUUCAAACAGUGAUUUAAAUCAUAUCACAAUUAACGGUGGAAGCCAAUUAAGUGGAGGAUCAAUCGGAGGUGGUGGUGGCAGUGGAACCGGAAAUUCCGGUGGAGCCAUUAUCGGCCGUAAGGAGAGUACCGAUGUUGAUAAAAUGAUUGAUAAGUUAAUUAGUAAAGAUAAAGAUUCUAAUUGUAAUAAUAAAGAGGAUAAAUCAAAGGGUAAACCCAAAGAAAAGGAUAAAAGUUGGAGGGAUAAGAUUGGUAAACGAAAAGCAUCUCGUCCUUUUAGAAGAGCGAAAACUUUACUUGAUUCUAAUUAACUAAUCGAGUUAAUUAACUCGAUUAUCGAGAAAAAAAAAAUCAAAAUUCCAUUCCAAUUGUGUUAAUUGUUAUUCAUCUUCUUUUAAUUGUUUGUUAACAAAUCGCUUAUUUGUAUUAAAUUGUAAUUUUUAAUGGUCAAUGUUGUGGUCUCAGUUUGUGCCCGAAAGUGAAUUAAUUACCGUGAUACCUAAUUAAUUAACUAAUUGUAAUCUAUACUCUUACAAAAUCGGAUUCGUAAUUAAUGUAAUAUUUAUCAAUCAUUAACUAAUCCAAUUGGUACAAUUAAUUGAAAUGUAAUACCAAUUUAAUCGUAUAAGUUUUCAUUUCUUUUUUUGCUUUCAAUUAAUAUUUUAAUUGUUUCCAUUAAUUGUUAAAAUAAUUUAUUUAUAUUUACUAAAUCAAAAGAAACAUUUUUCUACAUAAAUAUUAAUAUAUUGGUAAUAAUCAAUAAUCAAAAUCUAAUUAAUCAAUUGUACUUCCAACAGAUUAAACAUAUUAACACCUCGCAACUAAUUGUCAAACGUUUUGAUUAAAUUGUUAACCAUUUUAAUCAAUUCGUAAAUCAAUUUAUUAUCCAGAUAGAAGUGUAAACAACAAUUUAACCAAAAUAAUCAAUUAUUUUUUCAACAACAAUUCCCUUAAUUGUUAUGACACGAACUGGAAAACCAAACCACCUAAAGCAAAAUCAAAUUAUAAUCAAAACUAUUUUAACUUGAUGAAACAAUUAAACUAAAAUAAGUGAAUUAUUAUUCAUUUAAUCAAAUAUGAUUAACUAAUUGUAUGAUUAGCCCCAAGUAAUAAUCAAUUCUUUAGAGAUUAAAAAGUUUAAUUAGUUAAUUUGAUUAUAUUUUGAUUCUAAUUGAAUCUAAACUUUUUCAAUUCAUUUUUGUCUAAUUUCUGUUUUCUCUUAACUUUAAUUGUAAUUUAAUUUUCCUCUCACUUGUUAAUUGUAUUUUGUGAUAUUCUGUUAAAAUCUCAUAUAUAUAUAAUUGAUUGUUGAUCAACUAAUUAUGAUCAAAGAAAAUGCCAAAGAUUCAAUGUGAACAAUUGGAUGAUACAUGUACAUGUAUAUUACUAAUAAUUAAUAGUAAAUCAAAUAAAUAAUGUAUGGAAAUCAAUGA